AUGCAUAAUAGUAGCAGUAAUAGUACAAUUAGUAGCACCAGAUCACAAGCUUGUGCUGCAUGUAAAUUUCGACGUAGAAAAUGUUCACAAGAUUGUCCUCUUGCACCCCAUUUUCCUUCUGAUGCUCCCGAAGAUUUUCAGAACGCGCAUAGAUUGUUUGGUGUUGCUAAUAUCUUGGAAAGCCUGAAAAAUUUACAAGAUUUUGAUCAGAAAAGAGCUGCUGCUAAGAGUAUGAUUUUUGAGGCUAAUGUUUGGGCUAGCGAUCCUGUUGGUGGGUGUCAUCAAUAUGUUUGUCAAUUGAAGAAUCGAAUUCAGAAUCUUGAAAUGGAACUUCGAAUUUUAAGGAAUCAGAUUGUGCUCUAUCGCAGACUUGCAGGUUCUUCUUCUUCUUCUUUAAAUCCUCCUCCCCUAGGUUAUGCUACUCCACUUCAGUGUACUGGGUAUGGUCCAAUUCCAAAUCUUGAUUUACAAGAACGGACGAACCAAGAAAAUCAAGAACCUAGAAGUACUAUUGCGGAAGCGGAGGGGUUAUCAUCAUCGAGUGAAGACGCUGUACCAUUUCUUGGUGGGUUUUGA